AUCAAAUAUCAAUCUGUCAAUAAUAAAAUAAUAACAUCGUUAUUUGUCUCGUUGCGUGUAAUUGAGUAUUUUUUUAUUAUUCACUUAUUGGCAAUUCACCAUGAAAAUUUAAAAUGUUCAAUUCAAAAGAGACAUCUAACUCUAGCAAAAGUCGCACCCCAAGCCGCUGUAGAGAAUGGGAACGUCAAAGGCGACUUAAAUUUAAUGAUGCUAUUUCCAAACUAGGAGACUUAGUAAAAAGUAUUAAUCAAGAAAAUGGAAGUGAUGCAGGUGACAAACCUGGUAAUACACAGUAUCCUAAAAUUGAAAUAAUCCAAAAGGCCAUACUUUGCUUAACAAAUUUUACACAGGAGAAGUCUAAACUAAAAGCAGAAGUUUUAGCUUUAGAAGUUAAAUUGCAAGGGAUUGAAAAAGAAAAACAUAAUAAGAAAGAUGUUUGUGUACAAGUCACUAUUGGUGCAAUUAAAAAUAAGCAGAAUAGUAAAUACCUCAAAUUAUUAAUGUUGAAGAAAUCAAAAAUCAAUAAUGGAAGUCCUAAAGAAAAAACAAAAAAUGAAGUAAAAAUAUCUCCAAAACCCAGGAAACCUUUAUCGCAAUUACCUAAGCUUUUGCCACUUACAAACAAUAUUAAAAAAGACAAUACAUUUGUUAUGGUACCAGCUACUCCAUACAUUUUUCCUCAAAGACCUAUAUUAUUUCCUACAGCUCCACCAACCAUAGUUUUAUUAGACACAAAUUUACAACCAUUGCAAAAACAACCUCUCGUAAAUAGAAACACAAAUGAUAUGACUAAAACUACAAUGGUCAAUGUGCUACCUAUAACAGCCUAUUCUCAUCCUGCCUCUGCAACAAAAACCAAAAGAAAUAAUACAAAGCCGAAAAAUGUUACUAAGGUUACUAAGAAAGGUAUUAAGAAGGAUAAGAUUGACAAAAGUAGUGAAACAGUAAUUUCUGAGACUGAUAUAAAAAGUGGUGAAGCCCAAGUUACUGAAAGUUCUGAUACAGAUCGCCAAGAAAGUUCGAAAAUUGAUCCACCGAAAAUAAUUCCUGAAGAACCACCAGACCCACUAAGACUUGAAGAAAAUAAGACAAAUGACAACAAUGAUCCUGAGAUAAGUGAACCAACAUCAAAGGAAUUGAGCAUAACCAACAAAAAUGAUGUUGACAUCUCAUCAGAACAAAAUUCGAAAAGUACUAAUGAUCAAUCAGACAUAACUCAAAAAGAAAAGACCUUACCUCAAUGUAAUGUAGAAACUACAAAUAAAGUUCCUGAAGUUAAGUCAACUACAAGUGGAUCUACUCUAAUACAUUCUAAGACUUCAGAUCAAAAAGAAAUUGAAAGUAAAUGCAAAGAUAACAAAUUACCAACAAUUUUAGAUACAUCUAUGUGCGAAAAUGUUGUCGAUGGAGGAAAUGUAAGAUUGGAGUUAGCUGAAGAGUUUCUUGCCGCUUCACCAACAGCCGCAUUUCUUAUGUCCUUCCCCUUGGUUAGUGGCAAUAGAGCUGAUAGCCCAACCGAAGAAACACCUCAAAACACUACCGUUAAAGAAAAUACAUGCAGAACCGAUUUACAACCUCAAAACUAUUUUGAUAAAUCAAGUACGAAUAAUAAAUCAAAAUCCACUAGUAAAUCUCAAAAUUUAACUAAUGAUGUAAAUAAAACAAUUAAUUCUGAUAAAGUUCAAAACGAUAAAAUAUUUAUUAAGCCUGUUAAUACUAAAUCUCCUACAAUAACAUCAUCGUCUAAUGUUACAAAUGAAAAUCCGUUCUUAAAUUUACCAACAAUAAUUUCCACUACUUGUACACUGACUGAUGCGGCGUUCGGUUUAGAUUUCGAUUGCAAUAUAAGUAAAACAACAAGCCAACCCACAAAUUACGUUAGUAGUAACAAUCUAUUUUACAAAAGUGACCCAUUUGGAGCAGUUAAAAAUACAGUUUACAGUACAAGCAGUCUUUCAUCUGGACAUGAGUUUAACGGCCUCGGUCUUUAUCCUUGCGCUGUAGAGAAUUAUACAUCCAAAAAUAAAACCGAUUUCCCAAAUAUUGAAGAUAAUUUGAUGAAAAUAAACACAUCCAGACUAACAUAUGAUAUUGAUUUAGGUUGGUCGCAUAAAAGUCUGGACUUUGUGAAUUGUACUACAAAUUCAAACACUCUUCACAAAGACAAUAUUUUCACUUCAACCGCUCCGACAUAUACAAGUGCUUAUAAUCCAUUUAAUCCGGAAUUUCAUGUAUCUCUUUCUAAUCCAGUUAAAAAAGACAUGUUACCUACAAAAACAACAUUUUCUGAAGCUAUAACUAGCUUCUAUUCCCAACCAGGCAACUUAUGGUCUGAUGAUGUAACCUCUAUUUAUACAAAUAGUACUUCCAACAAAAAUUUACCUACAAAACAAAAUCACUAUUCUACAGCAGAUAUUAACCAAACGAAUACUUUAAAAACAAGUGUUCCAAAGCAUUAUAAACAUAUGCCAGGGCCAGUUGACAAUAAUAUAAAACCCAAUACUACAGUAGCAGAAAAUCAACAUAAUAAUAUUCCUGAUAAAUAUACCAAAAAAUCUCCCAGUAAAAUGCACAUUAACUGGAUGACGUCCGAAACGAGGUCGUCACAAAACAAUUGUGACCCAAUGCAUGGAGAAGUUAAAGAAAAUUACAAACCAUCGUAUGGACAAUCAAGCAUUACUACUAAAAAAAAUAUUCAAAGCGAUAACAAUUAUUUUCCAAUUAAUAUGCAUCACUUUCCAUCUCAAGCAAAUCAUGAAGAAUUGCAAAUGUGGCCAUCUGCUAAACCAGCGGGAACUGCUGAAAUAAGUAUCGAACCACCUCCCAUCCAUUUGCCAACAUUGGUGGGUGAUUUAGCUUUGGGGCCACAUGAUAAAAAAAGAAAUGAUAUUUUAAACCGAGCUUCACACCAAACAGCAGAUCAGACUUGUACAAAUUUCCUGUCUGUUACACAACUAAUGAAUAGAUCAUCUGAUAAUAUGUCUGCUCGAUCGCAUGGAGCUGCCAUAGAGACCAAAAGUAAUGUGAAACAUAUUUUAAAUCAAACAGUUACCGACAAUAGUCGUAAAUCAAUGAACCAUCGUACCGAGAUUAAUCCGCAACAGUGUUAUGGUUUUAAUGAUGCUAAAGUAUCAAAUCAGUUCGAGCCGCUAAACCAGUUUUCUCACACUAAGUCAAAGAAUAAUAAAUCUGAAAAAAAUUCAAAAAUGCAAAAAAAUAAUUAUUCGGCUGAAGCACUGAUACGUGGAGGUACUUGUAAUCAAAAAGCCGGCGAUCAUACAAACACGAAAUUUAUGGUGCCGCCACAGAAAUUUUGUGAUUUCAAUAUUGCACAAGACAGCAGUGUCGCUCAAGUAUCACAUUAUCCACCUAUACUCGAUUAUUCGGAAAACAGUUACGCAGGACAGCAAUAUUCAAGUACAACUUUGUACAAUACCACAGCUAAUACAAUACCCAAUUCUUUCUACUCGAAUUUUAUGCAAAGUGGAAGCAAUUUAAUGGCAACAAGUUACACUGGUGGGCCAUUCACAGGGGACUUUAUAGAUUACAAUAAUCAAUCUAUUGAAUGCAAUUACUCAAACGCAAAGUAUGAUGAUACAAAAGCUAGAAACAACCCUAGUUAUCAACAUGAUAAAACAACGAGAAGAGAUGCUGCAAAGCAUAAACUCGAGUGUACAAAAAAAGAAACGAGUAAGAAGUACCCCACAAAAAGGGCCAAGUUAAACGCCGAGUCUGAUGAUUGGGUAGAAAAUAAUCAUUUACUAUGGCAAAAUAAAACAGCACAUAAGAGACACGGGAAUAUGAUAUCAGAGGAGUUACAAUUUCCCAAUUUUGUAAGCAAUCAAAUGCCAACACAGUAUCAGCCAGAUUUCUUUAACAGCCAUCUAAUGCCCGCAAACGUACAAAAUGUAGGCCAUGCCUCGGAUAGAUCUGUUUCAACGUUCCCUGUUGCAUCGCGCGGGAAUUUCAACCUUAGUGCAUUAUUUCCAGAAAUUACAAUGAAAGUCCAAUAAUAAGAUUUGAUGUGGUUUUAAGUAUACGCAAGAAACUGUUAAUCUGUGAUUCUCUUUAUUUAUUUAUAUAUUGAUAAAAUAGGUAUAUGUAAAUAUCUUAAAUAAAUUGAAUAUGAAGUU